AUGGGCGCGCUCUGGAGUCGCACAGCGAGUGGCCCAAAUGGGUCGGGGGAGCCGGCGCAGGACCAGAAUAUCCAAGACGAAGAAGGCGAGAACACGCCGCCGCCGCCGCAGCAGCAGCAGCAGCAGCAGCAGCAACACCAGCCGGAGCCCCAUGAACGGACGAGACUGCUUCCCCAGCAAAACGCCUAUCUGAGUCCAGAUGAUCCGGCCGUAUCACCAUACAAUCUCUGGAGCGUACGCGCCUUGCGCGGCCUCUCACUCGUCUCCCUGGCCAUCAGCUUCGUGUGGUGGACCUUUCUUCUCACGUCUAUUUUCGUCAGUCCUCCGAUGAUGCACACGCGCGGUUCGGGCUUCUUCGCAUUCGCCUACACAACCCUGAUAUUGGGGUAUAUCGUCCACGGCCUGCUCUUCUUUGCAAUCCCAUCCAAGCCAAUGGCCAUCUGGGGCAUCAUCCUCUCCGGUUUACUCCUCCUGGAUAUGUGUAUUAUUGUGGCAGUACCGCACCUGCGGCUGGAGGAGGGCUGGGUUGGCAUUGCCUCGGUCGGUUGGGCGGUCGUCAUUUCAAUCUACCAGGCCAUCCAGAUCCGGUCUGUUGCGUGGGGGAAGCGGGAAGAGGAAGAGCGUCUGACCGGUCGCGAAGAGACUCGUCGCCCGCUGCGGGAGUGGAUGGCUGUUCUCGCCGAGCUGAUUCUCUUGACAGUCAUGGGGGUGGCCGUGCUGUUGAUGACUGCGACGCUCAUGUUACGUGCCCGGGAUGCCUCUCUACCCCCGCCUGGACGCCGAUAUUUUGUCAAUGGCGAUACGUAUCAAGUCCAUCUUGCCUGCGUGGGGAACCGCACCUCGGAGUCUGCUGAUGCACCCACCAUUCUGCUGGAAGGAGGAACGGGUCCAGUCGAGCAUACCCUGCAACCUUUUCUCGAUGACAUCUACCGCGAUGGCAUCAUUCCCCGCUACUGUUAUUGGGACCGCCCGGGCAUGGGGUGGUCGGACACCGCUCCGUCACCACAUUCGGCCGGCAUGGCCGCAGAUGCACUCUCUGAAGCCUUGGCUCGCGCCGGAGAGCGCGGGUCCUGGAUUGUGGUGUCGGCGGGAGUUGGUGGGAUCUAUUCACGGCUGUUUUCCAGCCGCCAUCUUCUCGAAGUGCAUGGCAUUCUUCUGAUUGAUCCACUUCACGAGGCAUAUCUGCCAGAACUCGCCCGGCCCGGUCGUGGGUUUAUCCUCUGGCUGCGCGGUGUCAUCUCACCGCUAGGACUGGAUCGACUGGCAGGUGCUCUGGUGCGCGGCCGCUCUCGUCGAGACCGCGUGGCCGGCCGCUGUGCUUACCAGUCCGGCAAGUUUAUCAAGGCUAAAUUGCAGGAGAAUUUGGUCGCGGUCACCAUGACCGCUGCGGAGGUGCAGUCGGCCCGCCACAUUCAGAUGGGCCGGACUCCGCUGGUCGUUGUGAGUUCUGGGCGCCAGAUCCAGAGCGAUCCCCGGUGGGAAGAACGACAGGAGGAUCUCUCCCACCUCACAAACAAUCUUCUCUCUUGGGACGUGGUGCCCGAGGCGCCACAUGAAGUAUGGACCGAUGGCGAAGGGCGGCGCGUGGUGGAAAAGCGUUUGCGAGAGCUGGUUCAGAAAAGCUCCCCAUACCAGCCAUAG